AGAUACAUACAACCAACAUACAUACAUACAAAUUUACUUCAAUUGCCAGGUGGGAAUCAAAGCUGUAAUAUGCAUCCAUAUUAAAAACACAUUUUUAAGGACAGCGUUCAACCUUGAAGCCAGCAAGGCACAAAUUAAUUAAAAGCCGUAUUUGCAGCAUUUAAUUGCGAAAAGCUGCACAUACAUACUCCAAGCACCGUGACCACUUCAAAUCACUAAGUGGUCAUUGUACUUGUAACCCUUUAAAGAGUGAAGGACUGAAGAGAGCAUUAUAAGAGAUCUGCAUCAAUGCUCCUAGCCACCAUCCCUGCCAAAAGGUAAGCGCUAUAUACAGACUGAGGGAACAGAGCCAAUUGUAUUAGGAGACAGGAUAAAAAGAUUGUCUGAGAGAGACCCUUAAAAAGCAAAAGAUGAGGGUGCGGAGAACUAGAAUUUGCUUAGGUGGUAAAUACCAAUCCACUAACCCUGGGAAUGUAAGUGUUCUACAAAAGAGUUGUGCAUUUUGUUGCAUAGUAUGGUUUUAUCAGGUACAGUAAGAGCCCGUUAAGAAUAUCAGAUUUCAUCAUCUGGGCAAACUGACCUGCUUUAGGGAUAAAGUGAUGUGUUAAAACCAUAUAGUAUUUACAUAAGAUAAUCUUUGACCUGACCCAGAAUCCUACUGAUUUCAUUUCAAGGCAGUCUGACAUUUUUAUUGAAUGUUUGACACUUCCCUGCAGUGCCAUAUACUGAGUGCAGAAAAUGAAAAAGAACUCUGUAUAUUCUUCUAGGACAAUAUACAAAAUGUUGUUUUGAAAUAUAGAAAAUUCCAGUCUGUUUACUUUUCUGCUCUGAUCGGUUUUUGUGUUUUUAUUUAUUUAUUUUUUUCUUGUUAUUUUUUUAAAUAUGAUAACUUGUGACUUUAGUGGUAGCGAGGAGUAGUACCUGGCAUACUGGGCCGGGUUUCCCACAAGGCCAUCAAUGCAAUGGCCUCAGGGCGGUAAGCAGGAGAGGGGCAGCGCGGCCAAACUAGAGAUCAAAACGCUACAUCACUGGCCAGCCAAUUUCCGUGCUGUAAGGGGGGCCUAUGAUGCUUUUUUUCCUGCACCCACUGAGAAAUCAGGUUUCCACAACAUUGUGUUUCAGACUUCACUCUGACUGUCUGCAGGUACAUUUUGCAAUGGACACUGUUUUGUGCCAUUUGCAUGACAAGCUGGGAACUCUGGUACCAAGGGAUAGGGGGCGAGGGGUCUGUUGUAUUAAGACAAUAACAUUAUCGGUAUUUGCUUUCUGAUCUUGUGAUACCACCGAUAUUGGAUUCCCCGUCACGAAGCAGAGGUGGUAGUGGCCGCAGUGCCCUGCGCCACUCAAUGGUCCCCCUGGUUAAAUCAGGAAACCGUGUCAGCGUGGAUCCUUCAAAUUGUAAGGGAGUUUUCCCUCUGGCAUCAGGUCAGAAUGAGCCUUACCGCAUUGGCCUCUGUGGGAGGCAACAGUAAGCUGAUCAGGCGUCUAAUGAAAUGAGGUAGGUCUGUCAGGCCUACAGAGUCCGGUAUGCUGCGGAUUUUGAGUUUAUAACGCCUCCAUUGAUCCUCUAAGAUGUCUAUCCUGUCGAGGUCUAUUUUUAAUUUCGUUAUAUAUACACUCAAAUCAAUUUGAAAAUAGUUUGAAUCAUUAAAAUUAAUUUUAUUAGCUUUAAAAGAAAAGAGGGGGAGAGAUCUCAAUGGGUACACGGUAUGAAAACGUCCUAACUUCCGAUGUGUCCCUCUGGACGUCAAAAGGUUGCGGGAGGCACCCUAAGAGGUACCCAGAUGUAGAUUGCAGUGCCGUAGCAAAAAAUAGAGAUCCCUAUAUUAAAUCUUUCUCAAGAGACUCGGCACGUCUGAAUCCAACAGUUUAAGAAGGGAGGCAAGUCCCGCUUUCUAGUGACGUCACUUGCUCAACCGAGCGCCGAUUCUGCCCAUCCAGUAUUGUGACGUCAGAAUUUGCAGUGCAUAUAAUGAUCAUAGCUCCUCCCAUGCCCAUAUUGAAACAUAGAAUGUGAUGGCAAAACCAUUCGGCCCAUCUAGUCUGCCCAAUGUUCAAAAUACUUUCAUUAGUCCCUGGCCUUUUCUUAUAGCUAUGAUAGCCUUAUGCCUAGCUAUCAUGCUUCAACUCCUUUACUAUGUUAACCUCUACCACUUCAGCUGGAAGGCUAUUCCAUGCAUCCACUACCCUCUCAAUGAAGUAAUACUUCCCGAUAUUAUUUUUAAACCUUUGCCCCUCUAAUUUAAGACUAUGGCCUCUUGUUAUGGUAGUUUUUCUUCUUUUAAAUAUAGUCUCCUCCUUUACUGUGUUGAUUCCUGUGUCGAACUGAGCCUCGUCACGUUUGCUUGGAGGGGCUUGCUGGCCAGCCUCUUACCAAAAGACUAUGGGCCCUUUAAAAACUGUGAACAGACUUGGUUUGUGGGAUUUUAUAUUUGUUUCGGGAACAAAACAGCCACACGAAUCAGAGACCACCCUGGAGCUUGUUAAGCCUACUUGCUACUUUGUAGCAAUUUCCACCGAAGUGUUCGUCUGGGUGGCUGCAAUUCCUAUGGAUGACCACGAGGUGGCGGCCAUCUUGUUCACAUGAAAGCAGGCAGCGGUGUUUGGGCAUGAAUCUCAUGGAACUGAAAAUGGCCACAGAAACUCCCGAACACUGCUGAAGUUCCAGCAUUGCCUGCGUUCGGUUCUACAACACUUAGAAAGGUGCUGUUCGCUGGAAACGUUCCCACGAACAAGGGGAUCAAGCUCCAGGGUAAAACUAUUAACUCUGUUCGGUAGUUUGUUCGUUUUUAAACUACUGAACCUCUAGAAUGGUUUUGGGCAUGGGACCAUGCGGGCGGUCGUUCAAAUUAUUACUUCCAGGAAAUUCCUGAACCCCUGAACUGAUCUCUGUGAUUUGGGGAUAUUUUAGUCACUUAGAUCAGGGCUAUCAGGGGGUGUAACUUUUGUGGGGAUUUUGUUAUUUUUAAGGUAUUUUGGGGGGUUUGCAAAAAUGUGUGUUUUUGUGCCUGGAGAUAAGAGCUUAAUACAGUGCUUAACUCAAUUAUCUCCCAGGCAUAGUGGAGGGAUUGACCUAUUUUGUAUGGGAGUGUCCUGGACCUGAGGGCCAAUGUAAUUGUGUAUUUGUUAUUACUGUAGGUCCGGGGGGGAGGUGGGGCGGAGUGCCCCCUGCAUGGGGACAUGCAUGUAAGGCCAGUUGUGGCUGCCAUUAAAGAGCUUUAGUUUUACCAUUCAUGAAGUCUAGACUCAUGUUUGGGGGAUUGGAGAUCUAUAUUCACUCUGCGGAUUACUAUAAUCACUAUACUCCCUUGGAUCACAACGAUUGCUCUUGUAAGAGCAACCUGCUUCGCUCUCUGGACUAGGAUCGGUCUACCCACUGGAAGCUGGAUCCCGGUCUUGGGUCCAGGGUGGGUGGAGGACAGCGAGACCACAACCAAGUUGCGGUGGUUUGUGGCAUUUACGGUGGUUAUGGUACUCAAGAUUUACUAGGAAGCAGCGAUGGACUGCCGGGCACCCCAACUGGGUACCUCCGUCAGUCACAAUUCCCUUUAUGUAUUUAUUAUUAUUAUUAUUAUUAUUAUUGCCAUUUAUAUAGCGCCAACAGAUUCCGUAGCGCUUUACAAUAUUAUGAGAGGGGAUUUAACUAUAAAUAGGACAAUUACAAAUAAACUUACAGGAACAAUAGGUUGAAGAGGACCCUGCUCAAUCGAGCUUACAUUCUAUAGGAGGUGGGGUGUAAAACACAUUAGGACAGGAAUUUGCAAUCAAAUAAGGUGGGCUGCCCUUUAGGAGAGGGCAAGAGAUGGGUAUGUGAGGUAGGGGUUAGUCUUGGAGGCCAUAAGCUUUCCUAAAGAGAUGGGUUUUAAGGCACUUCUUAAAAGAUGCAAGACUAGGGGAGAGUCUGAUGGCGGUAGGCAGGCUAUUCCAUAGGAAGGGAGCCGCCCGCGAGAAGUUAAAUGUUUCUGUCAUAUCCCCCCUGUCUCGUCUUUCCUCCAAGCUAUACAUGCUAAAUUCCUUUAACUUUUCCUUGUGAGUUUUAUCCUGCAAUCCAUGAACCAGUUUAGUACCCCUUCUCUGGAAUCUCUCUAAAGUACCAAUAUCCUUCUGGGGAUACGGUCUCCAGUACUGCGUACAAUACUCCAAGUGAGGUAUCAUCAGCAAAAAAACUUUACCAUCAAGACCUUCUCCUGCAAUAUCACUAAUAAAAAUAGAAUGAGUCCAAGUACACCCACUGGUGACAAGACCAUGCUUCGAAUCUACUCCAUUGACUACAACCCUCUGUUGCCUGUCACUCAGCUACUGCCUUACCCAUUCAACAAUAUUGGAAUCCAAACUUAAAGAUUGCAGUUUACUGAUGAGCCUUCUAUGUGCAACAGUGUAAAAAACCUUACUGAAAUCUAGGUAAGCAAGGUCUACUGCACCACCCUAAACUAAUAUUUUAGUUACCCAAUCAAAAAAAUCUAUAAGAUUAGUUUGGCAUGAUCUCCCUGAAGUAAACUCAUGUUGUCUCUGAUCUUGAAAUCCAUGUGUUUUUAGAUGUUCAACUAUCCUUUAACAUGAUUUCCAUUACUGAAGUAAGGCUUACUGGCCUAUAGAUGCCCAACUCCUCCCUACUACCUCUCUUGUGAUUGGGCAAAACAUUUGCUAACUUCCAAUCUACUGGGACUACUCCUGUUAACAAUAAUUGGUUAAAUAAAUCUGUUAAUGGUUUUGCUAGUACACCACUAAGCUCUUUUAAUAGCUUUGGGUGUAUUCCAUCAGGCCCCAUUGACUUAUUUGUAUUUACUUUUGACAGUUGAAAUAGAACCUCUUCCUCAUGUAACAAAUGACUCAUUUGUCCUUUUUCCUAACUGAGGUCCCUUUCGUCAUUUUUAUCUGUAAAUACUGAACAAAACUAUUCACUGAGGUAGUCCUCUAAACCUUUAUCCUCUUCUACAUAUCUUCCUUCUUUUGUUUUUAAUCUAAUCCUUGUUUUACUUUUCUUUCUUGUGUAUCUAAAAAAAAGUUUUGUCCCCAUGUUUUACAAACUGUUUUUUUCUUUUCUGUGUGUGAUUUGGAAGCUUGUAUAAAUUGAUUAGCCUCUUUCUGCCUAAUCUUAUAGAUCUGUCUAUUUUCCUCACUCUGGUUUUUUUUUUUCUAAAUACUAAAUGCUAACUUUUAGUUUUUUAGUAUUUUGUCAACAUCCGCGGAGUAUCACAAGGGUUUCUUAAAAUGUUUUACUUUUCCGGACGAGCCUAGUGCAGUUGCCUUCAGCAGUGCAACUUCUAAAUAAUCCCAUUUCUAUUGGACACCCUUUAAAUUGCUCCAGUUUGAUAAUGACAGUUUGAUGCAGGAUAAUCUUCGAGUCUCCUGCAUGCCUCUCUUUUGUGACGUAAGGUCUUUCCUACAUUCACAGGUGGUAAGGUAGACCCGACCAGCGGUGUUACAGUUAAAGAAAGAUUCUACCCUAUAUCUCUGCUGGUCCUUGCUAUCCCAAAUGAAUUUGGAGUUUCCUUUGAUGUAUUUGCAGACUACACAUCUCCUGCACCAGUGUCCCCACUCUGUUAAUGGACUGUGCCAUGGUGGAGUCUAGGAGGGAUUUAAAUUCCUCCGAUGCCAUGAGGCUGGCGUCACCUGUACGUCCCUUGUUAGAGGGGGAAACACCUGGUGCUUAAACCAUGUACCAGAACUUGUAAUUUUUUCAGGUCUGAAAGGGUUCGGGACCAAUAUGUAGCGUAAAUUCUUCCCCCUUCUAGCUGUGAAGUAUGCGUAUGGACUUAAAAACUUCUUGAGAUGUUUGUCAUUGGUCAGAAUCUGCCAGAAACGUUCACUUGUCUUUCUCAUAGUAUCCCAUCCAGCAUCAUAGGGGGUAAUCAUCCUAAUCUGAUUAGCAGAUUCCUUUAUUGAUUGGUCUCUUAACAGGUAAUUUCAGUCGACCUCCAAAGCUCUCUGCUUUCUUUAGGCAUUUGUUGGGAUAGAAAAAAUUUAGGGUCCGACACAGGGACUGUGGUGUGUACAAGUGAACCUGAACAGGAGGUAACCCUAAGUUUAAAUAGUAAAGAGAAAAUAUAUAUGUCCAAGGGACAGAGUCACAAUGGGCACAAAAAGGUUCCUCGUAUAAUAUAAUGUGAUAUAAUAGAACAUACAAUAAGAUAACUUUUAUUUACUCUCUGGAAAAGGAAUAUUUGUUGGGAUAACCCUUCUCACAAAAUUGUUUCUGCAGGAUUUUGGCUUUGUUUUUAAAAUCCUCUUUAUCACUGCAGUUUCUUCGUACUCUGAGAUAUUGGCCUGUUGGAAUGCCAUAUCUCAGCGGUUUUGGGUGGACACUAUGUGCCAAUGUAAGAGGUUAUUGGAGUUCGAUGGUUUCCUGAAUAGAGUUGUCUGGACAGAGCUGCUCUCUGUAAUGGAGAUUGUGAUGUCCAGGAAGUUAAUGGCAGAACCUCCAAAUUCUGAAGUAAAUCUCAAAUUUUCCUCAUUGUAGUUGAGCAUGACUACGAACCUAUCGAACUCGUCGGGGGUACAAUUUGAGGGACCUGCCUGACAACCCAGGCAGAAAGUCCUGAUCUUUUAAUUUGCAAGCCCUAUAUUUUACACUGUAACUUUCCAAAACACCAUAAAACCUGUACAUUGGGGUACUGUUGUACGCUAGAAACUUCGCUGAACACAAAUAUGGGUGUUUCAAAACGGUAAAAUGUAUCCUGACUAUGAUAUCAGUGAAAGUGCAAUUUGAUUAGGAAAAAGCAAAACAACAAAUAUGAAUGCUAACUUUGGCCAGGAUUUGUGACAGACUCCCCAUUUUGAUUACCCUGGGUUGCCUACUUUGCAGAUGGUUUGCCAUAAUUUAUUUAUAAAAUAUUUUACCAGGAUGGAUACAUUGAGAUUUCUCUCGUUUUUCCUGGGUACACAAAACAUUGCAUUGUUACAAUAGGAUACAAUAUUACAAACAAUACAAUAUAAAAUAAAUAUAUACAUACACACAUAACCGGUAAUAAAUAUAUUCAACCAUGACAGGUGCAUUUUGUAUUGAGGUAUGUUUCCAUAGAUCACUUAAGAGAUUUUAGAUUUAAUGAAGAUUUGACUGUGUCCCUGAUGUUAUUCCAUAAUUACGGUGCUCUGUAGGAAAAUGAGGGCUUCCAUACGGUCUCAAAGGCACCAUAGAUCUAGCAUAAUUUCAUGUGUAAAAACUAAAAUGGGCAAGCCCUACAUUGGACCCUGUAACUCUCCAAAACCAACCCCAUAAAACCUGUAUUGGGGGGGGGGGAGGUGGUGUUUGUGAGACAACCUUGCACAGAAAUAUGUGUAUUUUAUUGCAGUGAAAGCAAAUUGUAUUUUGACAUUCACAGUUAAAAUGCCAGGCAGAACCAAGAAAAUAACAUUUUCUUACUUUCUCACACUAUUAUUUAUCUGAUGAGAAAUUAAACCCCAAUUUCUCCUGAACCAAAUUAUAUAGAAUAAGUGUGCGUGUACUUCAUAUGAAAGAGGUAAAUUAUGGUUGAACAGACAUCCAGGUUUUUUUUUUUAUCGGAACUUGUACAAUUGUCUCUGUCCUUUUAAGGGUUUAAAAUGAGUCACAUUUGCUUGCAAAACUUCACAGAAAUAAUACGCUGGUGACAGUGCUAUUUCAAACAUCAUAAUAUACAAGGUGCAGGAAAAGAAACUUAGCCACGUAAGAAACAAUUUCCAGUUUCAAUCCUAUCAUGCUUGUUCCUUUGCUGUUUUCUUAGGAGGAGAGCCAAUCGUUGUACCAGUGAUUUUAUAAAGAGGCAAAAAUAUAUUCUUAUCCCUCAAAACCCUGAGCAACACUUAGAGAUUUUUUUUUUUUACUUAACCCCUUAACACAGUUACGGUGUUCUAUGCCGUCCCACAUUAAAAGGGCUUUAAAGCCGUUGCGGCUUUCAGCCACUGGAGCUCCAAUUUACUCACCACCGCCGCGAUCCUCUUCUGGAGGGCAAAUGAGGCCCCCAGGGGCCAUGUGAUCACUCUCAACUCAUUUAGGGAACCCAUAGUCCGGUAAACUCCUGGAAGUGCCCCUAGAGGCUGUUUUAGUCUUGCAAUGUAAGGGGGACACUGCACCCAGACCACUCAAUGAGCCGAAGUGGUCUGUGUGCCUAUAGUGUGCAUUUUAGCAUUUUGGGCCCUUGAGUGGUUUUUAGCCAGUCUACUCAUACACAAAAAGGUGAAAUUGGAAGAAAGAUUCAUGAAAAAAAGUUUUCCAGGAAGAUUUAAAGUGUGAAUUGUCAGGAUUUAAAGUGGGACUGUAGAUUGUAAGCCAAAAUGGCCAAACUGAAAAGUUCUCCUAGUUAGGUAUGCUUUCAAUUGGAAUAUUUUCAUCUGAAAUUGAAAAGUUUUGUCUUUAAUUCACAUUUUAGUGAAUAAUCUGGUGAGUCAGGAUGGUGCUUUGGAGUGUAAGGGACAGUACGAAAGCUGGUCUGGCUAGUGCAACGUGUAAAGGCCAGCAUUGAGAUAGUUUAAAUCAAAAUACAAAGACACAUACAAUCAAUUAUUUUGUUCCCAUAUUGUCUACUUUGCAUCAAUCAGGAUAUAUCUCAGGGUGGAGGGAGGUAACAGGUUUAUAUAUAUAUAUAUAUAUCUGCUUUUUGGAGUUGAACCCGUGUUUCCAAGUCCAGCGUUUUAUCUGGCCUGCCACGCCCCCUCCCAGGUGGAUUGACGUCAGCGAGCAUGCUAUGAAUUCGUGACGGGGGACCGUGUUGCUUGCUUUGGGUGCGGAUCUUCUUCUGACUGUGACCGGUGUGCUAGAACGAAGUGAAGGUUUUGACAGGACGAGGGGGCGUGGUUUAUAACGCAGUGACCUGUAAAACGGUGUACGUUCCAAGACAUCCUUCCUCUGGCUACACUACAUUCUAUGCCAGCCAGCGAGCAGCUGUAGUCCUCGGAACCCUCCAACACAGAGUAUUUCACUGGCAACAUACUAUCUGUCUGUGGUGAGUAGUGCAAUCCCAAAUCUGCAUUUUAAAGGAUUUUCAGCAAAUCACAAUAGCAGGAUUAUGCUGGACUGUGGUAACCUGUAAAGCUAGACAAGACACACUAGAAAUAUGAAGUGAAAUGUCAGAGCUUUAGCUUCCUGCUAAAUCAUUUUGCAGAUAGUAAUUUUUUUUUUCUUUACUUGCUUUUUACUUUCUUUACAUUGUAUUUUCUAGAAUAGUACAAACACCAGGAUCAUUUACAAGUCGUGUUAAAAGUAACAUUUUACAUGGUGCAUACAAAUUAUAUAAGGGACCACAAAUUUACAGAACUUGACUGAUUGCUUGGUAAAGGUGGAAUAAUUUUGUUCAUUUUAGAUUGUUGUGAACAUCUGCCUAGUCCUGAAUCUUAUUGGUUUGCUGUAGGUUUAAUUUAUAAUUUUUCUUUAAUUCUUCUUAAACUACUUUUUUAGAACAAAAAAAACUAAAAUCACUAUUUCAGGGGGAAAAUGAACACCUCCCACAAUAGAUGAGUAACUGUAUGUGUACAUUGUAUUAAAGACUAUAGGCAUUUGUUUUGUCUUUCUGUCCAAAAAUAAAAUAAAAUGCUAACUUUUUGCCCUGAUUAAUGUGUAGAGCAGGUACCCUUUGGGGUUUAUGGUAUUUUAUAUAGUUCUGUAUGAAUUAGCCUUUUGCCUGUUUCCACAAUAAAGCAUGCUUGUGAAACAUUAACUGCAAUUAAAGUAGCAUCAACAGAGGUCACUAAACUGUUAAAUAGUUUGCUGAUCAUUAUAUAUCACAAUGAAUGUUAAAGGGACAAUCUAGACCCCUAAAGCACUUUAGCAUGCUGAAAAGCUUAUAUGAAGUGUGUCCUAUUAUUCUUUUUUGCAAAAAGUGCAGAUUUAAAUCGAAAAUGACACUUUUAUUAAUUAAUCUGGUAACUACACCACCUGGCUUUUCAAGCAGAGAACAGGUCUUGUUACUUCCUGGUUUGGCUAGCUCAGUGGAGCUAAACUCAAGAGGCAGCAAUUGCAUAGAGCACCUGCCUUGCAAAGACUUCUCAUUAAACUGCAUGAGGAAGUCUGUGAUUGGACAGCAACUGAAAGUGUGGGCGGGGUUAGAAGGGGAGGGCUUGCAAAGGCUGCAGGUUUUGCAAGCUGAUUUAGCUAUCCACAAUAACAAAUGCACAAUUUAAAGGCAUUUUCAUUUGGGGUAUAUGUACAAAACAUUGAUAUAUUUGUAUUUUUUGGUAUUUGGACAGUGGAUUAUCACUUUAAUUGAUGUACAGCAGUGGCUUUAUUAAAUUUGCCAUGUAAACCAUCGUUCACCACUAAAAUUGAAGCUUUGUUUUUUUUAUCUUGGUAGUUUGUAUAUCUGCAAGUUUGCAAGUAACUCCAGCCUCCCUGUUAAUUAACUUUAAAGGUUUAUUAUCUUGGUGUAAUAUCUGCACCUAAAAUGUCCUCCCCUCACCAGCCACGUAUUAUUUGUACUGCUUUGUAUGCCAGCAUUUACUGGAUGCUAACCUGAGUCCAUACUGCCCUCUGGCCAGCAGAUUGUGCAAAUAUUAACCUCAUAGAGGACGUUCUGUUGAUGUCUUCCAGUGUCGCUUACCUUUUGGUUGGUUGGUUUGUUAGUAGGGUGGUCUUCAUUUGAAUUCUCAAAAAAAAAAACGGGAAGAUGCAAAUGCUUUCUGUUUGGGGACCUACGCGUUUCAACCAAUUAUCUGUUUGCUGGUGGUGUUACUGUCUGCAGUGGACCCUGUCUGUGUAUAUAUAUUUCUUCCACAGAACACCCUAACAAGCCUUUUUCUUCGGAUUACCUCUAAAACGGAGGGCAAGAGCCAGCAGCCUGGCAACUGAGCAAGCUCAGAUGGCCUCUCCUGAUUGGCUAGCACAGCUACAGACUUAUCAGCGCUCCUAUUAAAAUAGCCCACAUCUGUAUGUAUCGGUACAUUUUGCACCUUUUGGAGGCAAUGUGUAGUUAACGUUCAAAGAUGCCAACUUUAUUUUCUGUAUUAAAUAUAUAUCAGAUUUAAAACAAAUAAAAUCACAUCUGCCUCUUGAUUUUCAUUAAAACUAUAAUUGAUUUGCAUCCAUCUUCUGUAAAGUGAAUUUGUGAGUGUGCAAAUGUAACAUCAUAUGCUAUUUAUUAAUUUCUAAAAUGUUGUGAAUUGUUUCUUCACCAUGAGCUUCCAUUUAGAGUUGUUGUUUUUUUGGUAAAUCAACUUUUACCUAAACUCUCAUGUUAUUUAGAGGUUUGGCGGACUUCAACUGAAAACCGAAACUGAUGCCAAAUGGAAAAUCUGGUGCAAUAACCUAAUUUUCCGUUUGUGAUCAGGCACAUUGGGACAGUUGAACAGCAUUUGGCUGCUGUUCUGUUGCCUUUUAGCGUUGUAUCUAGAGACAGACUCCUUGGUUUUCUAGGAUUGCACCUGUAUAGCUGCCACAAAUAGCUUUGUUUAUAAAAUAAACAAAAUGCCACUUCGUGGAUUUAUAAAAACUACUCUUGAUUGUUGGGAGUGUGUGUCAGUGUCUGAUUUUGAAGCAAUUGGAACACAAACACAGAUUCCAUGUUUCCCUAGUGAUUUUAGAACAAUCUUACAGCUUCUAAAGUCUAGCUAUUUAGUUUAAUUUCAAUACAAAUAGAGUAAGUUUUUUUUUUUUUGUUUUUUUUUUAACCAUCACGUCAUUGCUCAGUUAUUCAUCUGUUGAACAUUAUUUUGAGAUUGUGGAGAAAAAUGGAUUUCAGGCCAUAAUUUGUCUUGAUUAUAUGUGAUUUCCGAUAGUUGUAAUGAAACUACAAACACAUUUUUUUGUGACUCUUGGCAUGUUCUUAUCAUCACUGUGGGUUUUAAUUGCUGUGGGUGGUUUUUCUUUAACCCCUUAAGGACCAAACUUCUUGAAUAAAAGGGAAUCAUGACAUGUCACACAUGUCAUGUGUCCUUAAGGGGUUAACAUAUCGAUCUUGAUGUAAAAGAGUACAAACUUCUUUUCUAGCGUAGCAUCUAUUCACAAAGUCUAAAUCAGUGGUAGUCAACCCUUUUCUACCUAACGCCCACUAAUGCAUCUUUCUUGAUGGAAAAAUUUACCUUACCGCCCACCAGUUUUCGCACAAGUGCAGAAUAUUUUUUAGAAAGGAGGGUGUUUUAAAAAAUAAAUAAAUGUACGUACAUCUAUCUUUUUAUUUCUACUUUAUGCAUGUUUAUAAUGUUUUUAACUUUAUGAAGUUUAAUGAGAAAGCAAAGUAAAUUGAAAUUACCUUAACUAGUGAUUAAUGAGAUCCUUGAGGUUGAUGCUGCGAGACUAAAUAUUUGAUAUCUGGUUUGAUUUUCGUAAGGAACAAAUGAAGGUCUCCUCUUUCGGUGAUAUUCAGACGAUUUCUCUGUUUGCUCAUAAUAUGAUCCCCUCUUCAAUUCCCCUCUCCACUUUAUUUUCCCUUUUUUUUUCUAUUUUUAACCUUCCUUAUUGCAAUGCCCAGUAGGAAGGCUGAGCUAGGUAGCCCACUUACUAUUAUUAGCCAACAACAAUUCUCUCCUUUUCUCUUUCCUUCUUUCUCCUUUUUACAAGUACUCUGCUCCUUCUUUCUCCUAUUCUACAAAUACUCUGCUCCUUCUUUCUCCUUUAUACAAGUACUCUACUCUUUCUUUCUCCUAUUCUACAAAUACUCUAUUCCUUCUUUCUUCUAUUCUACAAGUACUCUGCUCACAGACAAACACAUACACACACUCACACAUACACUUACAGACACACACACACACUCACAGACACACACAUACACUUACAGACACACACACUCACAGACAUACACUUUCAGACACACACACACACUCAUAGAGAAACACAUACAUACUCACAGAUACACUUAGACACAUACACACUCACACAUACACUUACAGACACACACACACUUACAGACACUCACAGAGAAACACAUACACACAGACAAACAUACACAUAUACUUACAGACACACACACAUAUACACUCACACAUACACUUACAAACACACAGUGGGGCUUCACUUCGGCGGGUGGCAGAGUUCUAAUCCGAGGUGGCGAGGGAGCUCUAACCUCUGUGCUCUGCUCCCUCACCUGGAAUCCUGAAACGCUGACUAGUGGGCGGUAGGGACCAGGUUGACGACCCAUGGUCUAAAUGCAUACUUAUUUGUUAUGUAUAAAUUGUAGCUCUGAGACAACUUUUUUUUUCUUUCUGUUCUGGUAGUUGCCAUGGACAUUCAGAGACAUCGGAUGUCAUUAUUGAACUAAGCAUGGCCAAUAUAGGACAAGGCUCAUUGGCUUAGAGUGCUUAGCCGAUGCUCUCUGCCAAUGAACACAGCCCUGCUUGUCUCGGUCCAGCUAGCCAUAAUUCCCCACGUGUCAAAGCCACCAUUGGGGGUAUUUGUAAAAUAAUAUUGAGUUUUCUGUCAGACCUGUGCAUUUCCAGAUUCAAUUUAUCGCAAAGGAGGUACAUACACAGUAGAUCAAUGCAUGCUGUGCCAUUCACAAAACUGAAUCAAACUGCGACUAGGCUAACAGCAGCUUCAAAUCAACUGCUCUACGCUUACAAAGCCGUUCCAUUUAUCACAUUGUUUAUGGGAUAUAUACCAAUAUAUGAGGCUCCUGAUUGGAUUAUCUUCCUGAUCAGGGAGAGGUCUGCUAGAUGCAUUACUUUUUAUACAUUAACUAUAUAAGGCAUUAAAAUGGGAAGGGGUCAUUUCUUGCCAUCAUGUUAUUUUUAGUAUUGUGUUUUUGUUUUUAGAAACCCUCUUUUUUUUUUUUUUUUUUUAUUAUAAUUAAACUCCACUUCCUCAUUUCUGCUAUGAUUUUGUACUUAACUUUACAUUGUUGUCAGACAUUUUCAGCAAUGGUCGUGUUAACCCUUGUUAGAAGCUACAAAUGUAAGGCUAUUAUAUAAACUGAACUGUAGUUUCUUGGCCUGUCAAAAUGCAGGAAGUGGUUAACAAUGAGCAUUAGAAUCUUAUAUGUAAAGCAGUUUUUCCAGCCCUGUCUCUUGCUGUGGCCACGCAUGCAGCAGGCUUUACAUAAGCUUAUGUUGACUUAUCUUUGUUGUGAGGUAUGCUUUUCCUUGUGAACACAACUAGGUUUACCGAAGGGAAUAACAUGUAAAUGCUUUGACAUUUACUAAUUACGCACUAGAGAAAUGGGUUUUAACCCCUAAGUCAUGUUUCAUAGUUGGUCCCCAUGCCAUUUUUCAUGGGUCUCUAGUGUUUGAAAUAGAAACGGUGGAUCAAUAUCUGAUCCCAAGAAUGGCUUCCAUGGUGCAGUGGAGACCUCGCUGAUAGUAGGAAAUUCUAAUGAGAAUUGGUACACACUAAGCACUAAAAAGACUACAGCCAUUUGAUCAAUCAAUGUCUUAAAAGUAUGAAGGAAACUGGUUUGCUAGUGUGAAGUAUACAUUCUGCUUUAUUGGAAUACAAGUGUUGAAUAGGCAAUCGGUUGCCUGGGGGACCCAUAGUUUUAGUCAAAUCGUUCAAUUGCUUUGAUACACAAUAUGGGGACGGUGUCCAUUGCCUAUUAUUAUUACUACAACCACUACAAUAAGCUGUUAUUGUGCUUAUGCUGCCUUUUUAAAACUAAAGUGUGGGAAAACUAGCUAAGGGAGGACCUGCUACAUUAUAUCACAUCUAAGUAAUGGCUCAUUAAAUAAACUCUGGUUAAAAAAGCACUAGAACACAAUUUUCACUGCACUGUACAUAGAAUGACUGUGCAUAGUUGUUUUUGACAUUAGAAUCUUGUAGAAUAAAUAAAGCCACUCAUUUUAAUAUGUAGGGUCUGAUCUUACCCGACAAACCCCUGACAAGCAGUGAUUUAUAGGGUACGUAAUUUAUCCCCAAGCUGGAAUUCCACUCAUCACACAGAAAAUGAGUGGAGCAGCUCUGUAAGCUGAUAGCAGCCAUAACAUGCCUGCUAUCUGUUUAUACCAGGUGUGCCAGGCUGUGUCCAGCAAUCAGAGCCACUCUCUGCGCAUGUACAUGGCCACAGGUGUCUAUGGGGGAGAAGAGUGAGUGAUCUUCCCUCUUGUCUGUGUGACAUCCAGACACAACACUAGCAACGGGAAAAGCGAAGCCCGUUUGAGCAGGGUCCUCCUCAACCUAUUGUUCCUGUAAAAUUUUAGAAUUGUAUCGAUUAUUGUUAAAUUUACCUCCUUUUAUAAUAUUGUGCACUGUGAAAUAAGUUGGCGCUAUAUAAAUGGCAAAAAUAAUAGGUGAAAACGCCUCCGUUGUUCUGUCUGAGCCAGGAGUAUGACCUUUUGCAGUAUUAAAAAAAGCCACAUAGUCAGAGGUUUUAUUUCCACCAGCAACAUUUUGGCCUUAUUACAAUAUAUUUGUCAAGCUUGACAAACACUUUGUAAUAAGGUUGAAACGUUGCGAGAUCCACUUUGGUGGUAUAAAAUGUCCUAUCCUUACCAUUCUGGUACUGCACCUCUUUUAUUUUAUCGGCUUUCUGUUGGUGGCUGUUGCAAGGAGGCCUUGUGAACACACACCUAGUUCAACUACUAGAAGUGCUGAUUCCUUUAAUCAAUUUCUUUGUAUUUAGACGUUGGCAACCAUUGCUUUCAUAAUACUUUUAUAGACCAUGUGAUCAAAUGGGUUUAUACAGAAAUUGAGCAAUAACUUCCUACAUUCUUUUCCUGCCUAGAUCCAAUAGGCUUUGUCUUUGACGUCCAGUCCAAUACUGUGAUGGCUCAAGGAGGCUCUUAUGAAAAUAUGAAGGAAAAGGUAUGUAUGUUAUACAUUGGUGGUAGGGGUAACUUUACCAAACUGUUUUCUUCUCACAAAAAGUCUAGAACUUUAAAUGAAUCAAAAGAUUGAGAUGUAAAUUUUUUUUUUUUUAACAAUUUUUGCUUCUUCUAUUGGUAGUUUGUUAAACAGUAUUGUUUGCAUUUGAGGCCCAUGUUUUAUAUUUUCCUAUAAAGUAGAACAAAACUUGUAAAAAGUUAUUUUUAUGAAAAAUUAAAUCUUUGGAAGACUGAGAAUAACACUGUUAAUAUUGGAUAGUGAUGCAUAACAAAUUUACUUUAGAGAAUCACUUCUUCUUUUAUGUAAAUUAGAUUUUUAUAUAUAUAUAUAUAUAUAUAUAUAUAUAUAUAUAUAUAUAUAUAUAUAUAUAUACACACACACACACUAAAAUGUUUGUAACGUAUGUUUUAUUUAUCUUUUAUUUUAGAUUAAUGCAGUUCGAGCCAUUGUUCCCAACAAAAGCAACAAUGAGAUUAUUCUGGUGCUCCAGCACUUUGAUAACUGUGUGGACAGGACGGUUCAAGCUUUCAUGGAAGGUAUGGAAGAGAUCAGAUGAUUAAAAUAGAGGGACCGAACCUGUUGUAUUGAUGUAAUGACAUGGUUACUAAGAUUAGGAACAGGUUCUGAAUGGGAUGCAAAGUCUGAGAAUUCAUAUCAUAUUUCUCCUGCCUAAAGCAGAAUCAGAAAAUGUUCAGAUGCUUUUGCAUUCCACAAAAUUUAAGUAUAUGGUCAUAUCUGUUACUAAUACAUGGCAAUUAAGACACUGACAUUCUAACUGGACCUAAUUGUGACUAAGUAGCAAAGGCUUUUCAUUGUUGUGCACUAGGCAAAUUAUUUUCCGCCUUGUCAGAUAACUGCACUUUAAGUUGCAUAAUGUGCAGUAGGCUUUUAUAUAAACCUGAUCUGCCUGCACCGACUCUCCCUGCACCCAUCACUCUAUGGAAGAGUUUACACAAGGAACUGAACCUUACUGUAUUUUCUCUCUAGGUAAUGCAGUAGAGGUUUUAAAAGAAUGGACUGUGCUUGGCAAGAAGAAGGUGAGUACAAAGUUCCAUGCAUUGUUACAUGGUUGGAAAUUAAAAAGCAUUUAUUAUAUUCUCUCCUGAUGCACUUCACAUGUUCAUAUGAUAUAGAAGUGUGUGUUUUUUGUUUUCUUUUCAAGCACCAAGAAUGCUGGGUAGAUGCAAUAUUUUAUACAUAAAUCAUUACAAAUGUGGUGUCCAAACUUCCCCUCAUCCCUUAUGGAUCGAAACAUAGAAUAUGACGGCAGAUAAGAACCAUUCGGCCCAUCUAGUCUGCCCAAUUUUCUAAAUACUUUCAUUAGUCCCUAGCCUUAUCUUAUAGUUAGGAUAGCCUUAUGCCUAUCCCACGCAUGCUUAAACUCCUUUACUGUGUUAACCUCUACCACUUCAGCUGGAAGGCUAUUCCAUGCAUCCACUGCCCUCUCAGUAAAGUAAUACUUCCUGAUAUUAUUUUUAAACCUUUGUCCCUCUAAUUUAAGACUUUGUCCUCUUGUUGUGGUAGUUUUUCUUCUUUUAAAUAUAGUCUCCUCCUUUACGGUGUUGAUUCCCUUUAUGUAUUUAAAUGUUUCCAUCAUAUCCCCCCCUGUCCUCCAAGCUAUACAUAUUAAGAUCCUUUAACCUUUCCUGGUAAGUUUUAUCCCGCAAUCCAUGAACCAGUUUAGUAGCCCUUCUCUGAACCCUCUCUAAGGUAUCAAUAUCCUUCUGAAGAUACGGUCUCCAGCACUGUGUACAAUACUUCAAGUGAGGUCUCACCAGUGUUCUGUACAAUGGCAUGAGCACGUCCCUCUUUCUACUGCUAAUACCUUUCCCUAUACAACCAAGCAUUCUGCUAGCAUUUCCUGCUGCUCUAUUACAUUGUCUUCCUACCUUUAAGUCAUCAGAAAUACAUAAAGUGUACUCUUUAUAAAGAUACAUAAAGAGUAUCUUCCAUACUCUUUUUCCAGUGUGAUCCCCCGUCAUAUUUUGUUAGUUUGGUUUGUUUUUUUAUUUUUGUUUGUUUGUUGGAUACAAAUGCUAUCAAUGUGCAGUCUCCUUCCUACUGUGUGAACAUAUUACAGUAAAUACAGAAAUUCUGAUGACUCUCUUUUCCAGUCAGAAAAACAGUCUCAGGGCUCGUGACACGUCUGUCAGUCCAGUGCUUCUUAUAGAGCAGCAUUGAUUACACACUCCGUGUCUGACAUCAACAUAAUUUGCACGCUGAAGAUAGACCUCAAGUAGAUUCAGUAAAUUAACCUAUUUCACUUCGGAUCCACUAGUGAAUGUCUGACCGUCACUAAAAGGUGUGAAAAUGUGUUUCUGUAUAGAGGACAUACUGGUUUGUAGGAUGUCUUCAUAGAAUUAUAACACAUUCAGCACUAAUAAUCAAAUCUUCCUGCCUUAAGAGUGAAUAUGUCAUAGACAAGAACAACAAUUUUCUUGUUUUUAGUGGUGAUAAAAGUCCUGAUGGAGUAAUAAGCAACUGAUCACUUUUCUGGAGCUGUAAUUAAUAAUUCUAUCAUCGUACAAAAUGUAAUGAGCAGCGAGAUGACAGGUGGGGGGAAGGCUUCUAUACAUCAUUAUCUAUAAAUCAUUUUUAACUCCUUUUGUUGUUUUUUUUGUUUUUUUUUACAUUUUUGUAACAUUUUCAGAAUACUGGUUCAACCUUAUCACUAUUUUAUUGCAGUUGUUUUAAUUUUGUCUGUUGCUUGGUACAUCUUAUUUUAAUGUAUUCUUUGCACAUGCAUCUUAGAAUAAAAAGAAGAAGAGUAAACCUAAACCAGAGGUUGCUGCUCCUAACAGCACGGCUGACUGUGGUAAAUCCACACCUGGAGAGGGCGAACAGAGCACUGCACCUUGUGAGAAGAGCGGGCUGAAUGGUUACCAUAUCAACGGUGCCACCAAUGACACAGAGUCAGUGGAUUCCUUCAGUGAGGGUCUGGAUACACUUUCUUUGGAUGCCAGAGAGUUAGAAGAUUCUGAACCCUCCACCCCUGAUGUUUCUGAUCCACCAGGUAAAAGGAAAAUUGAGACAGACAGGUUACCAAAACGUGACCUUGUGCUGUGUGAUGUUUACCAUCUUCUAUUACAGAGCAGGAAUAUAUGGUAUUGAUAGAAUAUUUUUUUUUCCUGCAUUUAACAUUAGCUGUAUAGAAUUACCCAGGCAGAAUUUCUAAUAUCUGCACUUAUUUUAACUUAAAUUUAUUUUGUUUGCAGACUACUACUUGGGUUCGGUAUUAAGUUAAAAACAAACCAGUUCAUCUUUUUAUUUUUUGUAAUUUAAAAAAAAAAAAAUUGUUGUCAUAACCUUGCUUGUAAAGGAUUAUAUAAAGUUUGUUUUUGUAUAAUUUAUUUAGAUUUUUGAAUUUUCAACGAAACUAGAAGAUAAUGUUAAUCGAUAUGAAACAAAGUACGAACUUCUCUGCCUCAGUUAACAGUUUUUGCAAGUAUUUAGGGAAGAGCUUCAAACCGCUUGUGUUGUCACAUUGUGCUCUUUAUAAUAAUAGAUAGAAAGUCUUGUGGGAUCUUUCAUGGACCCCUGAUUUUGCUCUUUUCUGCGUGCUUAAAGGAACACUCCACUGCCUAAAUACAGAAUAAACACUAUUUAGUAGAUAUAACCCCCCCCCGCCCACCCCCCCCAAAAAAGGCAUUAAAUGCAUGCAAGUUUUGAUUUGGAGUACAUCUAAAAACAGCUUGCAAAACGUGCAUUUCAUUUGUCCUUUGCAAACCUCCCCUUCUAACCCCGCCCAGACUUUCUGUGACCAAUCACAGAUUUCCCAAUGCAGGUCAAUGAGAAGUCUUUGCAAGGCAGGUGCUCUGAGCAAUUGUUGCCUCUUGAGUUUAGCUUCAUUGAGCUAAACAAACCAGGAAGUAACAGAACCUGUUGUCAGUUUGAAAGCCAAGGGAGUGAAACCAGGUUUAUUUAUAAAAGUGCCAAUUUCUAUAGAAAAUUGCACUUUUUGCAAAAUGAAAAAAAGAGGGUACACUUUUCACACACAAAGCUCUUCAGCAAGUUAAUGUUUUAGGGGUCAGGGGUGUCCCUUUAAGAGUAUACAAGUUUUGAAAGCUCUAUAAAGCUGAUGAUGAUGACAUUGGAAGGAAACAUGGCACAAACAUGAGCAAGUUUCCCCCUUCUCUGGGACAUAACUAUCGAAGCAGAUAGGUUACCACAGUAGGAUCAUUGCAGCAAAAAAAAUAUAAUGAGCCUGCAAAUUCUAGAGCCAUGUCAAGAAGGCAAAAUGGCAUAUUUCAGAAUAUUGCAGAAAUGUUGGAUUUAAUCAAAUUUUUAUUAAAGGAACACUCUAGUCACCUAAAUUACUUUAGCUAAAUAAAGCAGUUUUAGUGUAUAGAUCAUUCCCCGGCAAUUUCACUGCUCAAUUCACUGUCAUUUAGGAGUUAAAUCACUUUGUUUCUGUUUAUGCAGCCCUAGCCACACCUCCCCUGGCUAUGAUUGACAGAGCCUGCAUGAAAAAAAACUGGUUUCACUUUCAAACAGAUGUAAUUUACCUUAAAUAAUUGUAUCUCGAUCUCUAAAUUGAACUUUAAUCACAUACAGGAGGCUCUUGCAGGGUCUAGCAAGCUAUUAACACAGCAGGGGAUAAGAAAAUCUUAAUUAAACAGAACUUGCAAUAAAGAAAGCCUAAAUAGGGUUCUCUUUACAGGAAGUGUUUAUGGAAGGCUGUGCAAGUCACAUACAGGGAGGUGUGACUAGGGUUCAUAAACAAAGGGAUUUAACUCCUAAAUGGCAGAGGAUUGAGCAGUGAGGCUGCAGGGGCAUGUUCUAUACACCAAAACUGCUUCAAUAAGCUAAAGUUGUUCAGGUGACUAUAGUGUCCCUUUCAUCUCGCUAACCUCUUUUGUCUUUAUUUUAUUUUUCAAUUCUGUCAUGGACUGGUACUCCUGCUUCAGCUGGCCGAUUAUCCCAUAUGAACAAGCUGUUUGUGCUGCAAGCCUAAACAAACACUCAUAAUCUAGAAUCCCCCCCAGCAUUUGAUUAAGUUGUGCAAUUUUAAAGGAACACUAUUUUCUUCCCAAGUUUGUUUUUUUGUUCCCCGCAAAAAAACAUUUUCAGUUAGGGAUGGGAUGGGGGGGGGGGCGGGAUUAAUUAAACUAACGCUUUGCUUACCUGUUAUCUAGUGCAUAAACAGCCUCUUUCUCCUCAGAUGCUUAUCAUUGAAAACCAUUGUGGACUUAAUGCACGUGUGUGACAGUUGUAUCCAAUGCUUCUUGUAGAGCAGCAUUGAAUGAACUUCAACGUCCCCAUGCAAUGCAUGAGAAUGCCGAACGUCAAGAACAGAGUUUAACUUGGUUCUUUGUGCAGAAUCACCAUGUAGUGGCUGCCAGAGUAACCGCCAAUGGAGGGAUCAAAACGUCAGGGGCACUGCGCCAAACCACUUACUUGAGAUGAAUUUCCUCUAAAUAAUGGCACUAUUUCUCAAUAGAAAUAUUAAGAAAAUUAAAUUUACACAUUUUUAAAGGAAAAACAACCAUGCUAUGGAGAUUAGAAAUAUUUGUUUCAAAAUACAAGGGAAUGUUUAGAAUUGCAAUAAUUUCUAGUCUGAUAUUUUCCUGUACUUUACCUUGAAGCACAUACUUUAAGGUUAAACAGUUUGUUAGUGGUUUAACGCCUAAUGGUAUGGAAGUGCCAAGAACCUGCUGACACCAUAAUUACAUGAAUAAGUUGCCCAAAGUGUUCCCUUAAGAACAUUUUGGCUGUGUGCAUAACGUAUAUAUUAAUUUUAAUUAUUUACAUGGGUAUCUUCAUCAUUGAUAUGUUUGGUAAAAUGUUAAACUCAGUCUUGCACACAUGCUUAUACAUUUACUUUUAUUUUAUAGCCACAACGUUCGAGAAUGGACGUCCAGACCUUGAGUUGAAACUCACAACCUCUCACCUUCCUCAGAGAUCUACACAUCCAAAAGCUGUUCCAUCUGACCACAGGCAUACCAACAAAGCUCGCUCAGGAAGCAUGUCUAGCUCCCAGUCAUUAAAUGACGAUGCAUCUGCAUCCUCAGGCUCUAAAAAACUAGGUAGAUUAUUUUGCAGUCCUUAUUUUCCUUUUACUUAUUAAAAAUAGGAAAAAUGUUUACACAAAGUGAAGGGCAGUAAAUAAACAUAUGUAAGCCAUUUUCUUGCAACUGUUGAAAAAUCUUGCUGUGUUGCCUUUACUUUUUUAUUUUACACUUGUACUACUAGAACUUGAAACUGCCUCCUGAAUGUACAGAAAACUUCCUUUUUGCAUCAAUGUAGAAUUAGGAUAAAUGACAUUGUUGAACAGUAGCAUUGAAUUCUGAAGCCUUGUUAUAAUAUGGAGAAAUAAAUGUAAUUAUGACGCUAAUUAAACUCCACAAGAAUAUAAAUAUUUUGCAACCGUUUACCAAAUUUCAAAGUUCAAACUUUUCUGUUUGUGCUAGUUUUCCAUUAAAGGACCACUAUAGGCACCCAGACCACUUCAGCUUAAUGAAGUGGUCUGGGUGCCUGGUCCAGCUAGGUUUAACCCUUGUUUCUAUAAACAUAGCAGUUUCAGAGAAACUGCUAUGUUUACUUUAGGGUUAAUCCAGUCUCUAGUGGCUGUCUCAUUGACAGCCGCUAGAGGCGCUUCCGCGCUUCUCACUGUGAUUUUCACCGUGAGAAGACGCCAGCGUCCAUAGGAAAGCAUUGUGAAUACAUGCGCAUUCAGGAGAGGAGGAGAGUUCCCCGCCCGGCGCUGAAGAAAGAGGUAAAUUUAACCCCUUCCACCCCUAGAGCCCGGCAGGAGGGGGGCCCUGAGGGUGGUGGCACCCUCAGGGCACUAUAGUGCCAGGAAAACGAGUACCGUAUAUACUCUAGUAUAAGCAGAGUUUUUCAGGCACAUUUUUUGUGCUGAAAAGGCCCCACUCGGCUUAUACUAGAGUCAGUGUCUGUAUUAUGGCAACUUACAUUGCCAUAAUACAGACCAGGACCGCCGGGCUCAUUACAAGCCCGGUGGUCCUGUUGGGGGCCGGAGCAAGCUGUUACUUACCUUUACAGCAGCUCCCCCGUUCAGCUCCCAGUGUAAGUCUCGUGAAACCCGUGGCCGUCAGAGCGUUACCACCGGUUACUGUGUCAACGCUCCGCGCAGCACGCAGACCGCAAGAAUUAGACUGGGAGCUGAACGGGGGAGCUGACCGGAGCUGCUGUAAAGGUAAGUAACAGCUCGCUCCCACUCCCCCUGCAUAGUAUACACCACUGGACCACCAGGGAUUUACAUAGCCCCCCUCCCUGGCCAGGCAACAAGCAGGGAGGGGGCACAUAAAAAUAACAUUAAAUAUUUAAAACUAAAAUAAAACAAAUAUUACAAUAAAAUAAUAAAAAUAUUAAAAUAAUGCCCUCCCCCCACUCAAUUUAUGUAUAUAACACACUGCAUUCAUGCAAACACACACACUGUAAGUAAAUAUUCAAUUUAAUGUAAUUUUAUUGUGAUCUAAUUUUAUUAAGAAAUAUACCAGUAGCUGCUGCAUUUCCCACCCUAGGCUUAUACUCGAGUCAAUAAGUUUUCCUAGUUUUUUGUGGUAAAAUUAGGUGCCUUGGCUUAUGUUCGGGUCGACUUAUAUUCGAAUAUAUACGGUAUGUUUUCCUGGCACUAUAGUGGUCCUUUAAUGUUACAUAGCUGAAAAGAGACUUGCGUCCAUCAAGUUCAGCUUUCCUCACAUGUAAUAUUUGUCUCCUGUGAGUACAAGCAAAUACAAAUAUGUGUUUUAGUGCGUGGGAGAUGUUCUUCACAAUGGCAAAACAUUUUAAAGGCCACACUGGCGUAGAGUACAAUGCAUUUUAUAAUUUGCUAUAAAUGUCACUAAAGGUUUUCUGUGUAGUCUUGGCUUUCUGUAAUCAGUAUAUUAUUUGGAAUGUUACUGCUCCGGUGACUAAACCUGCAUUUUACAGGUGCCAACAUUGAGAAGUCAGUGAAGGACCUGCAGCGCUGCUCUGUCUCCCUUGCACGUUACCGCAUGGUGGUGAAGGAAGAAAUGGAUGCCUCGAUCAAGAAGAUGAAGCAGACUUUCUCAGAACUGCAAAGCUGGUGAGAGGACCAUAGGGACUAUUUCUUGUAAUUAUGCGUUAAGCCCGUUCAGCUUGCUUUGGCAACCAGAAUGUUAGAGUAUUGCUAAUAGAGCUGAUUCAAGAACCAAGUUAAUUUAAUCAAUCGAAGUCAUCAAUAAUUUGCUGGUUUCUUUUGUCACUUUCUUGGGUCUUCUUUUGCAAAGACCCCUGGUUUGGACUUUGACACUUGCAGUGAGGUGGCUGCUGGUGCAGGG